AUGCCGCCCAAUUUCCCAUUCUUCGUCUUCUUCCUCUUCAUCUCCAUUUCACUUCUCAUCACAGUUUCUGGGUACGGCUCGACGGGCACAAUCGCCGCCGCAUUCGGCGAAAACGGGUUUUUCUGCGCCAUCGACGCAAGCGGGAAGCAAGAAGUCAUCUGCUGGGACAGAGGAAACACUAACCGAUCAUCAUUAAACCACUCUCCCGGACAAACCUCCGGUUAUGCUCCGCCGAUGUCUUCUCUCUCCGGCGGCGAAGGUUUUCUCUGCGCCAUUACGUCGAACACCUCGCGUGCCUUUUGCUGGAACCUCCAAGAUCCCUCGCGUAAUCUCGUCCCUAAAGCUUUUCAGUACAAUUCUUACUCGCAGAUCGCUUCUGGUAACAACCAUGUCUGUGCUAUAAGUGGAUUGUACUAUUCGGGUCCUGAUUAUGGUCCUGUUCAUUGCUGGGAGUAUAGUGACACGACCAACUUCACAUCUGGUGUUCUCUGGAACUCGUCUUUCCACAAUCCUUACAUAGACAGCCUCAUGUUUCGUAAGAUCGUCUCUGGAGAUGGAUUCACUUGUGGUGUUACUAAAGACGAAGUUUUGAUUUGCUGGGGACCAAAAUCAAACCAUUUAGGUAUCUCCAACAACGAAGAAGAAGAAUUCGAGGUUUUAGCUUCUGGGAGGAACUCGCUUUGUGGGGUCUCUAGAGCUUCAGGGAAAGUUCAAUGCUUUGGAGAUGUGACUGAGUUUGGGGAAUUACCAAACCGGGUCCGGUUUAUCGCUCUCUCAGCUGGUGCCAAUCAUUAUUGUGGUAUCCGAGAAGACGAUCAUGGGGUUGAGUGUUGGGGAAGAAACCUAAAUUCAUCAUCUUCAGCUCCUAAUACUUCAGGGUUUGUGGCGAUUUCGUCUUCUGAUUCCACAACUUGUGGUGUUAGAGAGCUUGACUUGGUUCUUGAUUGCUGGAGAGUUCGUGAUACUUCGAAACCGGAUUAUAGUCCUCCUCUGGAGCUAUGCAGCCCAGGGCUGUGUUCUCCUCGAGGUAAUUGCGGUGAGGGCUGGUUUGCUUUCAACGCAAGCAUCUUGAAAGAAUCUCAGCUCACGAGCUUGUGCUCGUUUCAUAACCUAAACAUUUGCUUACGUUGCGGGAUCGAUUGUUUGGACGGCUAUUUCCCUUCAAGCAGCUGUAAUCCGAACGCGGACCGAGUCUGCACUCCUUGUUCGCUGUGUCAGAACAGUUCUUGCUACGGUAUCUGUAAGAUCCGGUCUGCGAAAUCGCGUGCGCACGAGCAGAGAGAGGUGCGGAGAUUGGUGAUCAUCAUCGGAUGCUCUGUUUUGGGGUUCUUGGUUAUGUUGAUCGGUUUGUCUUUCAUUCCAAAGAUGACGAAAGGUAGUAAAAGAGAUGAAGAAGAGAGAAGCAAAAUGACUUGUUGCUUCUGUUUCGAUAAGAACUCCGUCGAAGCUGAUCCUGAUCCUGUUCCUCAGUCCGUUCUUCUCCCGAGCGCUGUAUCUCUCGGUGAGACCAAGAUCUUCCGUCUCUCGGAGCUUAAAGACGCGACACAUGGUUUCAAAGAGUUCAACGAGCUUGGAAGAGGUAGCUUCGGGUUUGUCUACAAAGCUGUUUUGUCUGAUGGGAUACAAGUCGCGGUCAAAAGAGCCAAUGCUGCAACCAUCAUUCACUCCAACAACAGAGGUUUCGAGUCUGAGCUAGAGAUUCUUUGCAAGAUCAGACACAACAAUAUUGUGAAUUUGUUAGGAUACUGCUCGGAAAUGGGGGAAAGGCUCUUGGUUUAUGAGUACAUGCCGCAUGGUACGCUCCAUGAUCAUCUACAUGGAGAUCUUUCGCAGUUGGAUUGGAGCAUGAGGUUGAAGAUCAUGUUGCAGGCUGCAAGAGGACUUGAUUACUUACACAACGAGGUGGAUCCUCCGAUCAUUCAUAGAGAUGUGAAAACGUCGAACAUCUUGUUGGAUGGAGAAAUGUGUGCAAGAAUUGCGGAUUUUGGAUUGGUGAGCUCGAACGAAAGAGAUUCAAGCAAGAGUGAUAGAGAAGGUGAUGUGUAUGACUUUGGUAUUGUUCUUCUUGAGAUACUAAGUGGGAGAAAAGCUAACGACAGAGAAUCUGAGCCUCCAGGGGUUGCUGAAUGGGCGGUUCCUUUGAUCAGAAAAGGCAAAGCAGCAGCGAUUAUCGAUAGGAACAUUGGUUUGCCAAGAAAUGUAGAGCCUUUGCUUAAAUUGGCUGAGUUCGCUGAGCUUGCUGUGAGGGAAAAUCCAAACGAGCGGCCCAGUAUCAGAAAUCUCUUGAGUUUUCUUGAUCUUAUCGUCAAGUCUGGACUCACCUUUUAA